UCUUUCCGACGUGAACACUCGGUUCUGGGUCUCGAAGUCAAGAGCACACGGUUCUUGGCUGGGCCAUCUCGCGCCGUUGCGCUGCGCUGGUCUGGUCCACUCGCUCGAUCGGCCCAAGUGGGUUAUGGAGGCCAAUAGUGCGGAUUGUCAGGCAGCAUCCAUCGAACUCGUUCCCCGAGCUCGUUCAUGGAAGUUGAGGAAGCGCAGUCCUUCAAUUUAGAGGCUGUGAAAGUCAACAAAAAUCUAUCGUCGAUCGUGCUCCCGAAAGAGGUCCGCCGCAUUCAUAAGGAUAUUUUCUGCUCUUCCAUCGCUGAAUCGGUGGAGGUCGAAUCCCAAGGACAGAGCCCCUGUUGUUGCUCGCUGUCUCAUAGCCCUGUUGGCUCUCCGUUGACUUUCGAGCACAUUCGUCCCCGAGAGGUGACGAGCUUCGUACUAUGAAAAGAUAGGAUUAAACUGGACUUCCUGAUUUGAUGUUGGGGAGCUUUGAAAGCUGCAGCUUGACGAGUAUCGCUGGCUGACUUGAGCUGAUUCAGGCAACUUUCUAGACUUGUGCAUUUGGACUCAUCAGUCGUGAGGCGGACGAGUUCGGUACUGAUUCCUGCCAAUUGACUGUUAAAUUCUACAAUUCAAUACAGCUAAUUGGACUGUGGAAUUCUGAGCCAUGGAAUUUCUGGCUUCGAAAUCAAGCGUGUAUCUGGCCAUAAUUCUGCUCUUCUACCAAGCGCUGGGCAGAGUGGUGGCAGACAUGGACUUGACGGACGACUUUUUCAUACCUCCAGACCAAAACACGACGAGCUUGAAUGGCAAGUAUUUCACAUACACCGGGUUGAGGGGAUUCAAAGGCCAAGCCAAUACUUUUGCCUCGAGGAAAGCGACUGUCAAAGAGUUUCCUGCUCUCACUUCUCUUGGAGUCUCUGUCAUGUUGCUUGAAUUCCAGCCUCAAGCCGUGAAUCCUCCGCACACGCAUCCCAGGGCCUCCGAGCUGAUGUACAUGCUGGACGGCAUUCUCGACGUUGCAUUCGUCGACAGCACCGGGAAGCUUUACUCGGAGACAGUUCGGCAAGGCGACCUGUUCGUGUUUCCAAGAGGAAUGGUGCAUCACCAAUUCAACAAUGGCACCAAAGUUGCCAAGGCUGUGUCCUCAUUCGGCCACCCCAAUCCCGGCACCAUAAACCUGCCCAUCACUCUCUUCGGCACCCAAAUACCGAAUGGAGUUCUGAAGAAGAGCUUCAAAGUGGACGACCAAGUGAUCGCCCUUCUUCGAUCUCCCUACGUCAAACUCAUUACCAAUUAGAUCUCUCCACGCUCCGUCAACAAUCGUAUCCAUCUCUGGAGACGUCAAGAUGGACUUUAUGUAAAAGAUUUGAACAGACUGCUCACAUCUCAGAUGCUAUGUCGACUAGAUUUCACCAAUCCAUUGACAGUUGCAAAUAAAUUAUCACUCCUAGUGUCCGUGUCGAUCUCAACACGUUCAUCUCCUCAUGCCAGAAAAUUUUUCAGGAAAAAAUCGGAGUGUUCACAAAACAAUUUUGACAAAUAAUUUUUAUGUCUAUCUGAUACAGAUAUGGAUAGGAAACAGGAAAACUGUGAUGGCGUGCGAGUGGGUGUAGAUAAAUUCUAUUUGACGUGCGAGUGGAACUCCCACAUUUUAGACAGGUCAACAGGACAGUGCCUUUUAAUCUUUAAGCAGACAAGAAGCUGAGCUGAAUUCAGGGAACUCAGCUCCUCUUGAUUACGGGUCAUGAUGAUGACUUCAUGGCCUGGAGGCAGUUUAUGUAUCGGGGGAGUUUUACUCUACGAGGUGAUUCUACAAUUGAGCUCGAUAUGAUGCAUUGCUUUGGGACGUGGCCGAAUUUCCCAAAAUUCGUUCGAAGACACAAUGCGAGCAAAAAUUCAAAUCAUUAA